AUGUCUGCUUCACUUCGUUACGUCCAAGCCAGCGCAACAAAGGCAAAAAACCAAUUGAUUCGAACAGUGGAAGAGAAUUUGGAGGAUGUUGAAAGAUGGAAGAAUUCCACUGGGGAAGAGCUCAGAACGGAAAUAUCGGAAAUUGAAGACAGAAUGCUCGAAAUCGAAAAGAAAUUGGAAAUUGCGGAAAAAGCGAUGGAAAAGUAUCUUACGGCAGCCGACGAGGUGCCAGAAGAAGAUGACGAAGGACAACGAGCAAUUGAUGAAUACAUGACCAAGUCGAUCGAAGAAGUGGAUGUGGCACAAGAAGCAAGAACUCAGUUGACGAUUAUUCUACUGGACAGAGAAUCACCACGGACGGACCAAAUUCACCUUGGAAUGUCUUCAGGUCCGAAAACCGACUCAUAGCAAUUCCAACACCCUUGGUAUUCCGGAUACUUUGCCCAUUCACCACAUUUCUUGAAAUCUUAACAUUCCAGAUAUCGCCUGUUCAAUUCCUGAUACCUCUCGUGAGUUCUCCCUCUGCCCGGCAUUGAGUCAAACUUUAUCUUUAUAUCCGGAGACGUGUGCACGUUUUUGUUAUUUUUUGAGUAAACUGUGAUUUUUCUGUUUUCUGACAUUCCAUGGACUAUGGUUUUUGUAAAACACAAUGCAGAGCAACCAAGAUGCUCAAAUUUUACGGUUCCAAUCGAUGGCCUAGAAAAAGUGGUGGCCGAACCAAUCUGGCCGAGUUUUCCUUUCGAACUAAUUGCAUUGAUUGAACGGGAAAGCUCAGAUCGUUUUCGCGAUUUCCUCAAGUCUUCUGGUCUGCGUUGAAGUUGUAUUUUUUCCAAGUAUAAUUUCGAUUUUACUUCAGUUCUACUACGCAGUCUUUAUUUAAUACUUUCAGAAUGAGUAAAGACCCGUCAAUCGGAUGGAUGUACGAAGGUGCAAAGGGAAAUGUGCAUCGAGAAGAUUACCUGCUUGGAAAGAAAGUUAGCAAUUUUUAUUAACUUUAAUCAACCAUUACUAUUUCAGAUCGACAAGAAUUUUGAAAAAUAUUCCGAUGUAGUGAAUAAUCAGAAAGCCGAGGCAAUCGAUUCAAUCGUGAGCACGCGGUAACUGAAUACAUUUAUUGAGUGACGAUUUUCAAUGUUUUGUGUUUUAGAACAGUAUUCGCAUCUGGCGAAUCAAGUGGUUUGAAGACGACAUCUCUCCAGAAAGACAUUAUCAAAUCGGAGGAUCCCUUGGUUGCAGUGAGAGUCCGCGAAGAAACAAAACGACGAGCGAUAAUGGACAAUCCGUUGAUGAAGAUGAAACUGCAGAACACUCUCAAGGCAAUGAUGGCUUCGAAGAUCGAUAAGAAAAAGGAGAAAAAGAGCAAGAAGGAAAAAAAAGAUAAGAAAAAGAAGAAAAAACGGUCGAGAAGUUCCUCGAGCUCACGUUGCGACAGCAGCGAAGAACGUCCUAAAAAAGAGGUUCAGAAGAGAAGAUCCCCGUCACCUAAAAGAAGAAGGAGAGACAGUGAUCGACCUGAAGAACCGAGAAGCAGCAGGAGGAGAGAUUCGAGUGGUGACCGAAAAAGAGACGGUCGCAUUCAAAAACGGUCUAGAUCCAGAAGCGUCGAGAGAGGAAAAAGUUCCCGCCGCAAAUCGAGAUCUCCAAGACGAGAACGGUCUAGAUCGAGGAGUGUUGAAAGGAGCAAAAAGAGAACUCCAAAAAAGCAAAGAUCGAGGUCAAGAAGUGGAGACCGGGCACACAGAAGACCUUCCAGAUCGCCACGACGUCAGAGAUCCAAGAGUGGCGACAGAAACGGUCGUUCCCCUAAACGAACAAGUAGAGACGACAGGUAAACGCUUUUUUCUUCCAUUUUCAAGUUUGAAAAUGCGAAUCUCCGUCUUUUUUGUGAUGGGAAAGAUUUUAUAUGCACAAACAAUUUCGUUUUUAUGUUGUUAUACGCUACAUUGGUUAUAUUAUAUAUAGGAAUAUAUUUAAUGAGUCUAAUGUUGAGAGUAUAUGUGCAAGACUCCUUAGCCGGGUAGAUAGGUGGUUAAUAUAUAUUGAUAAGAUUUUGAUAUAUUGAUAUAUAUUGAUAUUGAUAAGAUAUAUUGAUACAUUGUAGGGUUGUGACAUUGUUACAGAAAAGAAGACAAAAGAUCGAGAUCUCGAUCGGCCGAUUCUUAUCGGAAAUCUUCCUCGAGGUCGAAGUCUGACCGGCAAUUCGACUCGCACAUUCCAGAUCACUUGCAGAAAAAGAAGCAUUCUUCAGUGAGAAAAUCCCUUGCUUUCCCUUUUCAUAUCGCCUUUUCUUUUAGGAUUCUGAUUCCGAUUCCGAACGUCGCCCUUCUCACAGACAUGAUAGUGACGACGAAAGGCAGGAUCCCAGGAAGAAAGCGUAUGGCUUGGUUGAGGUAAUCAUGUUCACUCGUUAAGAUCUGUCUUUCAUCCACGUUUGAUUGAUGCAUGUAGUGUUUUAUUACAUCUGCUUACGCGUGUUUUCCUCCGUCCUUAUGUCAUUGUUAUAACAUCUAUAGAGGUUAUAUAUCAGUGCCAUGCGGCCAUCUGUCUUGCUUUCUCUUCAUAAAUAUAAGGAUAUAUUCCUCAGAUGCGCAAGCGCACCGCCGAGGAACGAGAGGAAGAAGCGAGAACGCCGAGCAAAGAAUUCAAACUGGUGAAACUGCCAACGGGUCGCGGCGGCGACAAAAAACGGGAGCCGCGUCGGGUGCUCACUGAUGAGGAAAAGGCCGCUCGAUUGGCAGAAAUGCAGCAGGACAAUGUGAAGUGGAGAGACGAAGUGCGGGCGAAGAACGUGGAGAAAGGGCGCGAGGAAGACGAGGAGGAGAAGGACGAAGCCGACAAAAACGGAUACGCGCCCUCGUUUAUCAGGUAGCAAUCAUAGUCGAUUAUGGCGGAUUAAGUGUCCGACUGUUGUGCACGUUUCCCGUGUAGCAGACCAGUGCAAGCGCUAGAACAAGCUUCGGUCAAAUCCUUUUGAUUAUAAGCAGCAGCUCGCUUUUUUUCUUUUCUUAUCUGAAAGAAAGAAUGAAUUUCUGAGAGAGCUCCUCGUUUCUGCUAACGCACGUUUUUUUCAACACCGCCUGGCAGUAAGCGGUUUGCCAAAGGCAUCUGCCUCCCAUCCGUCCGCAUGACGUCAAGAGACGUAGACGGUUAGAGAGCGCAUCGUCGCCCUAUGACGCCUUUAGGCUUUUUCGCGCUGCUCGUAAGAACGAACGACGAGAGAACAACUGUUUCUAAUUGAAACUGUUGCCCAUACGGUCUUUAUUAUUUAUCUUUUCAGAAGUCAAAUGCGGGAUGCAUGCGAGGACAUGACCGUCGAAAAACGGCUGCAGAGCCGGAAAGGCGGUGUGCAGCGAUCGCACGGGUACAUGGACCGGAGUUUUGCCAGAAAAUAA